AGUUUCAACUUCGAUCCAGUAUUUUGUUGUUAUUUCCUGCAAGAUUGCAAUUUGCAACAGUUGCUCAGUGUUCUGUGUAGCUGUUGCUUUCUGCCUUGAAUUAUCACGUUAUCAGAGCCUAUUGUAUCAGUGAACGUGCUUGUGUAUAGUGAAACUUGGAAGUCUGUUUUCUGUUUUAGCUUGUACUUUGUAGGUUAGGAGCAAAUGUAAACGUAAACACAAAUUAGCGGCGUGUUCAGUCUCCUUACUUUGUUCGAUUCUCAAAUCUUUUAGUUUUUGUUGUGAUUUUCUAGAAACUAUGACCAAUAUAGAUAAAGAAAGCGUCUUCAUUGGUGGGAUUGAGGGAGGUGCCAGUUCAUCGACAGCUGUAAUUUAUGAUGGCAGUGGAAACUUGUUAUCAGAGUGCACAGGACCAAGCUUGAACCAUUGGAUAAUCGGGAUGGAAGAAUGUCAGAAAAGAAUAAACGAUUUGAUACAAGAUGCCAAAAAGAAAGCCAAUAUUCCAUCCGAGCUCUCAUUAAGCUCUCUGGGUUUGAGCUUGAGUGGCUGUGAACAAGAAUCCACCAACCAAAAAUUGGAAUCAGGAUUGAUAGAGAAAUUCGAUAAUUUGAGCAAAGCUUACUUUGUCUGUAGCGACACCAUAGCUCCUAUUGCAGCCGUUAGCGAUGAAGGAGGAAUGGUUAUGAUAUCAGGAACAGGAUCGAACGCACUCAUCAGGAAUCCAGAUGGAUCAGUUCACCAAUCUGGAGGUUGGGGGCACUUAUUAGGGGAUGAAGGAUCAGCUUACUGGAUAUCAUGGAAAGCGAUAAAAAUAGUGUACGACGAGCAGGAUGACUUGGCGACCCCACCUGCUGACACAACCUUUGUCUGGAAAACUAUUCAAAGCUACUUCAAAAUCUCUUCAAGGUUUGAUAUCCUUCCACACAUGUACAGCAGCUUCAAUAAGUCGAACGUGGCAGGAUUGUGUCAGCUGCUUGCACAGGGAGCUGAAGAUGGCGAUCAACUGUGUCUGUGGAUAUUCCGAGAAGCCGGAAUUCAACUAGCAAAAUUACUCAUUGCCUUAGGGAAAAAAUCUCACAAGAGCCUGGUAGAAAAGGACUUGGGACUACCUAUCGUUUGUGUGGGCUCAGUAUGGAAAAGCUGGAAGUUCCUGGAGCCUGGCUUUGAAGAUCAGUUGGACUCGAAUCCACUGGCCGUGAAAAAGUGUUCCCUAGUUCGUCUGAAAACUCUAGUAGCCACCGGUGCUGUAUACUUGGCUGCCAAAAAUAUCGAAUUCGAUCUUCCAAGAACCUACGAGAAUAAUUACAGUGUAUUCUACAAAUACAUUAAGAAAAAGCCUAUGUGAUGUCAGCAUCGAAAAUCAAUUUUCAUAUCAUUUUAUUGUAAGAUUUCAAAGAAAAUUCCUAUUUUUAUAUAUCUUUAUCACAUGCUUACAAAGUGUUUUGUAAAAUAUUGAAUUUUAAAUUACUGUGAAACAGUCAUAAUUCUAAGAAAGAUUGCUUUUUAUUCUAGUUUAUUUAAUUUUAAACUUUUAUGCUUAUUUUCAAAACUUCAUAUCAAAGCUGUGUCAAAUUUUCCAAUAAUGGAAGUCUGUGAUUGCUAGAUUAUAAUAUUUUUCAAAAUAUAUAUUUUAUUUUUUGACUUUUCAAAAAAUCUAUUCGUUUGCAGGAUUCAAAUAUUCUCUUGAACUAUAGCUAGAUUCACAAAGUCAAAAAGACUUUGAGUUAGAUUUCAAAAAAGUCAGUGUAAAUGAUAUGUCAGCAUAGUUGCCAAGUUUCUUUUUCUACCGCCUUCUAUAGUAGAUAGCUAUGAUUCAAGUCAUCUCUGUAUAUCUGAUAUUAUAUUAAUAUUGUUAAAUAAUUAUAA